AUGAUGCAGAUCCGUGCCUGCGUCCUCUUGGCUCUUGCCACCAGCGCUUUCGCUGGCUACACCGGCUACGGCCUGGGCUACGGUCUGGGCUAUGGCGGUCUUGGAUAUGGCUAUGGUCUCGGCCACGCCUACGGUGGUCUUGGAUAUGGCUAUGGUCUUGGCUACGCCGGCUAUGCUCCAGCUGUGCACACCGUCGCCCACGCUGCCCCAGCUGUCACCACGGUCGCCCACGCUGCUCCAGCGGUCGCUACCGUUGCCCACGCCCCAGUCGCCGCUUACGCUGCUGCUCCUGUUGUUGCCGCUGCUCCAGCCGUGACCAGGGUGGCCGCCUACCACGCCGCCCCGGCUGUUGCCACUUAUGCCGCUGCCCCAGCUAUCGCCACCUACGCUGCUGCUCCAGCCGUGACCAAGGUUGCUACCACCUACCACGCCCCAGCUGUCGCCACCGUGGCUCACGCUCCAGUCGCCGCUUACGCUGCUGCUCCAGCCGUCGCCACCUACGCCACUGCCGUCCACCACGCCCCAGCUGUAGCCACUGUCGCUCAUGCUGCCCCAGUUGUUGCCGGCUACCACGCCGCUCCAGUGUACAACUACGGUGUUGGCACCCUCGGCUAUGGUGUUGGCCACUACGGUUACGGCCACGGUCUCCUCGGCUAUGGCCUGAACUACGGCUACGGCCUUGGCUCUCCCUACCACUAUGGUGCCCUUCUCCGCAAGAAGAAGUGUGAAUUCAGCAGUUGGCUCAACAGCAGCUCUAAAGUCACCAUGAUCCGUGCCUGCGUCCUUUUGGCUCUUGCCACCAGCGCUUUCGCUGGCUACACCGGCUACGGCCUGGGCUACGGUCUGGGCUACGGCGGUCUUGGAUACGGCUACGGUCUCGGCCAUGCCUACGGUGGUCUUGGAUACGGCUACGGUCUCGGCUACGCCGGCUAUGCUCCAGCUGUGCACACCGUCGCCCACGCUGCCCCAGCUGUCACUACCGUUGCCCACGCCCCAGUCGCCGCUUACGCUGCUGCUCCUGUUGUUGCCGCUGCUCCAGCCGUGACCAGGGUGGCCGCCUACCACGCCGCCCCGGCUGUUGCCACUUAUGCCGCUGCCCCAGCUAUCGCCACCUACGCUGCUGCUCCAGCCGUGACCAAGGUUGCUACCACCUACCACGCCCCAGCUGUCGCCACCGUUGCUCACGCUCCAGUGGCCGCUUACGCUGCUGCCCCAGCCGUCGCCUCCUACGCCACCGCCGUCCACCACGCCCCAGCUGUAGCCACUGUCGCUCAUGCUGCCCCAGUUGUUGCCGGCUACCACGCCUCUCCAGUGUACAACUACGGUGUUGGCACCCUCGGCUACGGUGUUGGCCACUACGGUUACGGUCACGGACUCCUCGGCUAUGGCCUGAACUACGGCUACGGCCUUGGCUCUCCCUACCACUAUGGUGCCCUUCUGCGCAAGAAGAAGUAAACCAUUCAGCUGGAA